AUGGCGACCUCACCUCUCUCAAUACAGCCUACCCUCUUUCCACGACUAGAUACUCUCGCUGCCACCAUAUCGCAGGAUCGAUCUCGCCCCGAAGCCCAGCAGAGAUACCGACGACGACAGUUCAGUUAUGCUAGCAAUCCCGCAGCCCAGCCGAAAGGCAAGGCUGCACUGCUGCGAGACUAUUCCUGCUUCAUCGCAUCUUUUACUGGAGACGCCGAAGUGUGUUUCCAAUUUGCAUUGCGGAACGACCUACAAGCAGUGGCAAAGCCUGAAAUAGUGCAUGCCUCUGUGGUUGAUCCUCAGACUGCCGCUGGAAACGAGAGCAGUAACGGGGAUGGAUGCAUCGUCGAGACCAGCCCACAGCGAAAUGUGGAUGUUGGCUUUGACUUUGGACUGGAGUUGUUCGCCGAUCCAGACAACUUUGAAUGUGUUCUCUUUUCGCCAAAUUUAGACUGCCCCUUUGUGGUACAAUACCAUGCCACAGAACUUACCCUGGUACUGCUUUAUGACUCUGCCCACCUGGACGACACCUUCGCAGAGAUAGCGUGGGAUGUUCUUGUCCAGCGUCUAUCGAGGAAACUCGUUAGCGGGACCAACGCAGAGACGAAGCUGUCGGUUCUGAACCAUCCACCUCUGCUGCAUCCGCCACCACUUUCUCAACUUGGCAAGAGCACUCUACCAGAUGGAUUGCUUCAUGCCGGUUUCCAGAGAUCUGCUGCUCGUUGGCCAAACCGAGCUGCACUACACUUUCACACCGAGUCCGUGGACGAGGUCUUUACUUAUGCCGAACUGGAUGACUUGACCACGUCUUUUGCACAUAGAUUGCGGGAAUACAUUCCCACUCGCCCUGACCAACCUGGACGCUCAGCCGUAGUGCCUGCGUACAUGUCAAAUUCCACCGCAUUUUACGUUUGCUGGCUGGCUGUCUUGAAGGCUGGAUUUGCGUUCUGCCCCUUGCCGGUCGAUGCUCCUCCUGAGCAGCUUCGGGGCAUCGUCGAAGAAGUAGGGGCUUCACUCGUCCUCACCAACGGGCCUCAAGUGGGCGGCCGUCCGUGGGAUGCAUGGUACUGUGACGACGAUGAGCUUGCUACUUGUCUGGAUAGUCUUCCCGAAAUCCGGGAGACUGACCUGGCUUAUAUCAUGUACACAAGUGGUUCGACGGGAAAACCUAAAGGUGUGAAGAUUCACCACCACGCAGCAGCAUGCUCAAUUGCUUCGCACUCAAGAUUCAUACCUUCCUCCUUCUUCAAGGAUGGCUUCCGUUGGUUCCAAUUCGCCGCUCCCACAUUCGACCCUUCAAUCAUGGAAAUCUUCACUACCUGGUGGACCGGAGGCACUCUGUGCGGUGCACCGAGAGAUAUGCUCCUCACAGACCCUGAACAUGCCAUCAACCAGUUGUCGGCCAACAUCAUGAUGGCAACGCCCAGCAUGGCUAGUGUACUGCGACCAGAAAAGGUGCCCACUUUGCGGAGUCUCUGGACAAUGGGAGAGAAGUUGACGCCAACGGUCAUUCAAAAAUUCUCAUCCGACUCUCCCAGCAAUUCCCCAUCGUCGAGCCAUACUCCUAGUCUUCAGCGCUCGAGGAAGCUACUCAAUGCUUAUGGCCCGACUGAAGCAUCCAUCAACUGCAACAUCGUGCCAGACUUCUCCUCCGACGAGCGUGGCUCGAUCAUUGGCCAACCUAUCGACGCCUGCUCCAUCCUUGUUAUUGACCCGUCUUCUCGUUCUCCGACUCCUGUGCCAAUUGGAUUCUCGGGUGAAUUGGCCAUUGGGGGGCCACAAGUCAGCCAAGGCUACCUCAACCGCCCAGAGCAAACGGCGGCCGCUUUCGUCUCUAGUUCAGAGUAUGGUAGACUCUACCGCACCGGAGAUCGUGCUCGCGUCGUCAAGACUAAGAGUGGAGAACUCACCGUCGAGUUCUUGGGAAGGUUGACAUCUGACCAGGUCAAGCUCAGUGGUCGCAGAGUUGAGCUGGGUCAAAUUGAGUCUGCGAUUGCGACUACCUCUGGUGUCAUUGACACCGUGGCGGUCGUGCAUCAGCAUGGUCCUGUCGGGCAAGGCAGUGAACAAGUUGUUGCAUGCAUCGUGUCAGACGGCAGAAAACCCGACGAGGAUCUCAUCUCAGACUGUCGAAAGUCAGCCGAGACGAUACUGGCCCGGUUCAUGCAGCCUUCACGAUACUUUGUACUCGAAUCUAUGCCAAGAUCACGGUCUGGAAAGACAGACCGCAAGUCUCUGGGUGCUAUCAUCGAAGAGCAAUGGGAUACCGUAGACGUAUCGGCAGCUUCGUCAGACUCUGGCUAUGAUAGUGCGUUGGCUAGAAGUAUGGUGGACGCUGCUACCAUGUCGACUGUUGUCGAAUCAAUUGCUGCAAUUAGCGAUAUUGAGCCCGAUGCCAUUCGACCCAGCACCGAACUUCUCUCACUCGGACUGGACAGUCUCCGAGCAGUUCGAUUGCUCCAGCAGCUUCGCGAGAAAGGCAUCUCGCAUCUCACCGUUGCGGGGGUCCUGAGCAGCCGAACUGUUGAAGGCCUUGCGCAGGCUUGCUCACAGGGUGAAAUGAGAUCGUCAAGGCUGCCACAGGCUGACUGGGAUGGGAAGCUGAGCCAGUUCAGCAGUCGACACUUACAGCCGUCUGCGAAGUCAUUAGGUAUCGCAGCCACGGAUAUCGAGAAAGUUCUACCGACUACCGCAACACAGUCUGGCAUGAUUGCUAGCUUCCUUCGAAGUGUCUCGAGGCAGACGACGACUUCCAUUCGCAAGAAGUACAUCAACCACAGUGUCUACUACCAGUCGAAGCGUGUUGAUACCGCCAAGCUUGAACAAGCAUGGCGAACCGCUCUCGCCAGGCCUGAGAUCCUGAGAACUGUUUUUGUUCCUGUCGACGACGAGCUAGCGCCCUUUGGUCAGUGCAUACUGGCUCCAAAAGCUGCUGCUACAUCCUUCGAGGUCCAACACUUUGAAUCUUCAUCGGCCGACGAAUGGGACGAGACCUUGAAGCAGGCGGAAGCUGCAAGUGAAUCGUCAAUCACCCUAGACAAGCCACCAUUCCGGCUUUCGGUCAUUCGAUCACCAACUCAAACCGCCUACUUACUCUCACUUUUCCACGCCGUAUUCGAUGGUGGCUCUCUAGAGCUCCUCCUGCAAGCCGUGGAAAAUGCAUAUCUUGGGAACCCACUCGUUACUCGGACCGACAUUUCGCACGCGGUGAGGAAGCACUUUUCAGAGGCAAACGAUGAGACCGUCAAGUACUGGAAGGCAGAGUUCCAGGAUUUCGAGCCGAUCCCCUUCCCAUGCGUCUCUGCAUCGAAGCCAGAGACACAGACACCCGAUGCACUUGUCGAAGAGGUCAUUGGUCGUAUCACUUUGGAAAAGCUUUCUGAAGCGUCCAAGAAGGCUUCAGUGUCGCCACUGUCAAUACUGCAGGCUGCUUGGGCAACGGUGCUGUUCGCCUAUACUGGCUCGACCGCCGAUGUGUCCUUUGGCAGUGUGGUGUCCGAUCGCCUGGAAGAGGAUCUCAGCUCCUGCAUUGCACCGACGUUUGUCGUGAGCCCAAGCAGAAUCUCUGCUUCGACUGCAAGCGCACGGGAGAUCAUGUCACAGCUGACAAGGAAGAACGCUGAGGGUCUUCCUUACCACCACAUUCCUCUCAGUUCUCUGACCACUGCAGAAGGCACCCUGCCUUACGAUACGCUGCUCGCAUUUCAAGCCUUCGACAAGUCGGUGGGGAGCAGCAAGCUGUGGAACAAUAUCGAGUAUCCACCCAUGGGACAUGAUUUUGCGAUCAUGAUCGAAGUCUGGCCCACCGAGACUGGGCCAUUGCGACUUCGUGGCACAUACACUUACGAACAUCUCGACCCAGCCGCAGCAAAAGCCAUGCUGAAGCAGCUUGACAACGUUGUCAGCUUCCUAUGCGAAAAUCCAGAGGCCUCAUUCAUUGAUGCAAGAUUCGCUGUCGAUAACGAGGUGCUGUCGCAGAUUCCUGUGGUUUCGGAAAAUCCAUCGGGCCUACCAGAGUCGGACUUACUUCUUCAUGCUGCCUUCGAGAAGCAUGCUUUGCAGAAUUCAGACAAAUCUGCUCUGACCUUCAGGCAGGCUAUGGACGGGUCGUUGCCCGACAUUGAGUGGACGUAUGGCAAAUUGUACUCCUUGGCAAAGACGUUUGCCUCAACAAUCAUCAAUGACUAUGAAUCUGUCACCAAUGAGCCGGUCAUGAUCUGCAUGGAGAAAUGUGCAGAGCUCUACGUGGCCAUUCUUGGUGUACUACUCGCUGGCGCUGGGUGGUGUCCAAUUGACCCCUACUCUCCACCGGCCAGACAGCAUGCCAUCAUGGAAAGGACAGGAAGCCGGCUAUUGCUACUGUCCCCUACCGCCUCAGACGUCAGCAAAGAGGCCAUUCCAGCAGGCGUGUCAACUUUGAAUGUCGACUUACCCGACAUCGAGACCCAAGCAACGCAGGCGGAGGCACCGAAUCUCGACGUCCACCGAGAUCCAUCACACCUGGCGUACCUCAUCUUCACCAGUGGUACCACCGGCCUGCCGAAAGGAGUUCCUAUCACCCACAAGGCAGGCGCCACCGCCAUGCACGCCUUGGCUGAGUCAAUCCCCUCAGAUGUGAGCGGUGGCGUUGUCCGAUGCAUGCAAUUCUCUCAGUACACCUUUGACGUCUUCGUUCAAGACUUGUUCUAUACCUGGACGCUUGGUGGGACAGUCAUCUCAAGCACUCGACAGAUCAUGAUACAGAACUUUGCAGAAUUGGCGAAUGGUACGAAAGCGACACAUGCCCACCUCACCCCAGCCUUUUCAGCUACCGUUGCGAGGAGCAACAUCAAGACAUUGGAGGUUGUGACAAUGAUCGGCGAGAAGCUGACUGAAGCUGUUGCUGCGGACUGGGGAACGGACAUGCGAUCCUACAACACAUACGGCCCAGCAGAGACGACUGUUGUCUCGACACUGCGGCAGUUCACGGGCAAAUCUGACACAUAUCACAGCUCCAAUGUGGGAGUACCGCUUCAGUCUGUGGGAACAUAUGUCGUCCAAGAUGGUAACGUCGUCAUACGCGGCGGCAUUGGAGAGCUUGCAUUGUCAGGUCCGCAACUCUCCCCUGGAUACUGGCGAUUACCCGAGGUCAACGCCAAAAAGUUCAUCUGGAACGAGAAGUUGCAGCAGAGGCUGUACCUGACUGGUGACUUGGUGAGGCAUCUUGCUGAUGGCACUCUAAACUUCGUCGGCCGCAACGAUGAUCUUGUCAAGCUCGGCGGAAUUCGGGUCGAGUUGGGUGAGAUCGCUUUUGCGCUGAGGGAGGCGGAUGCCAGGAUUGAGAAGUUUGAAGUCUUGCACUGCAAACGAAAGGACGCUGAAGAGAAGCUUGUCGUGGCCUUCAUGGCCUGUCCUUCUGUCGCUGCAUCCGGGGAAGAAGUGAAAGCGCUCACGACGCCUGCAGCCAAAGAAUUAGCUGGUGUUGCGAGGGAAUAUGGCAGGAAAGUCUUACCUCCUUACAUGCUUCCGACCACGUUCAUUGUGCUUCCACGGAUUCCACGAACGGCUUCCGCCAAAGUCGACAGAGCUGCGAUGACGACGAUCUACCACGGACCAGAUCUUGCAGCCUGGGAAGGCGGAGACGAUGUUUCAGGUGGCUCUUUCAAGGAUCAAAACUUCUCAUGGCGUGCAGAAAACCGCGAUCUGUUGCAAAUCAUCGCGGAUAGCUUGCGUGUGUCAACAGACUCAUUGCAUCCUGCAAGCAGUCUUCCUGCCAUUGGCAUAGACUCAAUUGGUGCCAUCAGACUCAUUCCCAAGAUCAAUGCUGCCGGAUACAAUCUGGCCGUGGUUGAUGCGUUCAAAUGCCGCACCCUCUCGGACUUGUGUGAGCUCGCGCAGUCCACUAUCGAAGCGACCAAGAGGGAUUCUGAUCAGCCUCUCGAAAAGAUUCUAGAGAGAUUCGAUUCGCAUUACUACAGUGCAGUCUCGAAUUAUCUAGAUCAAGACGAGCUGAGUGUCAUUCCAACCACGAUCCUCCAAGAGAGCUUGUUGAGCGAGAGUUUCAAGGAUGCUCAAGCCUACUGGAGUAGCCACCUCUUCCAACUCGAGGCAGACGUUGAUCUGAACAAGCUCAAGCGCGCAUGGACUAAAGUUGCUCGCAACACGGAAGCUCUUCGAGUUGGCUUCGUUGCAAAAGCCAUGCUGAAGCUCCCUGACGACUCGUCAGCACAAGACCGAUUGUCGUAUCUGCAAGUGGUCUACGACGAACCCCAGGUUUACUGGGAGGAGCACACGAUCUCUGACUCUGUGGACGAGGCGGCGAGAGAGCGUGUGCAGGAGAUUGCAAACUAUCAUCACCUGCAGCUUUUCAAGCUUCCGCUUUGGGCAGUCGACGUCUUCCAUCGCAAAGAUGGCACUUCUGUCAUGAUGAUUACGAUUCAUCAUUCCAUUUACGACGGGCCUAGCUUGACUUUCUUGGAAGACGAUGUGAAGCUGGCCUACAGUCGUGCUUCCAAGACGCCGCAACGUCUGCCAUUGCGAGAUGCAGUCACUACAAGGUCUGCGAUUGAUGCCGACAACGAAGAAACCAAAUCGUUCUGGAAGGUCGCACUCGAAGAUUUCGAGGCAGAAUCGGGUGAGCAGGACAUGGCUGAUCAAGCAGACUCCAAACUACAGCACCGCAUUCUCUACCACAGGAGUACGACUCCUUUUUCGAAGCUGAGGUCGUUGGCCCAGGAGCUUGACUUGGCUUCGGUUGUCACGAUCCUGCGCACGGCAUGGGCUCUGGUUCUGACUGAUCUCCUCGAGAGCCCCCACGUACUCUUUGCUGAGAUUCUUUCCGACCGUAUCAUGGACAACAAGCUGGAGAAUGUCAUCGGUCCCUUGAUGUCGACAGUACCGAGCCUCUUCAAACGCAAAGCCACAGCAGCGGAGACUCUCAUCGAGCAGGACAAGUUUUCCAAGGCUGCGUUUAGCCAUAGGAAUAUCCGACCUGGAACCAUCAAGACCCUGCUCAGCCGUGGCUCGUCCUCACACGUCUAUCCCGCAAUGUUCGCGUUUCACCCAGCUGGUGGGGAAGACUCGAAUGGCUCAAAACAGCUUUGGAAACGACUUGACGAUGCAACAUAUCUACAAGUGGAACAUCCUCUUGCCUUCAACGUAUGGCAGGAUCAUGAGCCAUGUCCUUGCUUCGAAAUGGCGGUUGCCAGUCACCUCAUGACAGACGAUGAACAGAAGCUGCUUUUGCGGCAGCUGGACGCUCUAGUGGCUGCAAUGGUGCAAGACCAUACAUCUACCCUGUCUGCUCUUACUGACGGUCUCCCAACCGAGCUUCUAUCCCGAACGACUCCUCGAAAAGACACCAAGUGCCCUUCAUCGCUUUCUCCUACUCAUUAUGUCGAGCACUGGGCGGAGACUCACCCAGAGUGGAUCGGCGCUGAGGUCGCGUUGAGUAUUGAACCUGAUGGGGUUGAAGUCGAAAGCUGGACGUAUGCGCAGUUCAACGCAGAAGCCAACCGUGUUGCCCACUGGAUUCUCGAACGAGGAAUAUCGAAAAGAAUGAUUGGCAUGUGCCUUGGACGGACACUGAUCUCGUUUGCGGUCCUCAUCGGAAUCAUGAAGUCUGGGAAUUGCUACCUACCGAUUGAUGAGAGUUUGCCUGCGGAGCGAAAGUCUUUCUUAUUGGAAGACAGUCAAUCGGCGUUUGUAUUUACCGAUGGUGAACGAUUUGCAGAUGUCGACGUCCCCGAGCAUUACCAGCUUGUCAAUGUAGAGGCGGAGGACUUCCAACAAGCAAUGGCCGCCAAGGAUGCUUCGAACCCAGUCAUCGAAGCUGACGGCCGUGACAAUUGCUACCUGUUGUACACGUCUGGCUCGACCGGUAAACCAAAAGGGGUGCUCGUCAAUCGCCUGAACGUAGCGUCCUUCUCCGAGGCACAGUCCGAGUUCAUCUGCGACUACUCAACCACGGCUGACACAGCCGGCCGUGGAAGAUGGUUGUGUCUGGCAAGUCGAGCAUUUGACGUUCAUCUUGGAGAAACGUUCCUUGCUUGGAGGCAUGGUAUAUCUGCAAUUACCGCUCCACGGUCGAUGUUGCUUGACGAUCUCGCCCUAGCCUUGUCGUCUCUACACAUCACUCACUGCGCCUUCGUGCCCUCACUGCUGGAUCAGACAGGUCUCACUCCAGACGACGCUCCAGAUCUCGUCUACCUUGGCGUUGGUGGCGAGAAGAUGUCGCCUAAAACUAAGAAGUUGUGGGGCGGUACAGAGAGGGUGGGUUUGAUCAAUGCCUACGGUCCGACCGAAGCCACUAUUGGAUGUUGCUCGGCUCGUUUGUAUCCAGGUUCGGAUAUGCGUGACAUUGGUUCGCCACUAGGCGACUCCCAAGCACACAUCCUGAUUCCAUGUACUGACAAUUAUGCUUUGCGAAACAUGCCUGGAGAACUUUGUUUUACUGGAAGCCUGAUUGCGAAUGGGUACCUCAACCGGCCGGAUGCCAAGGGCUUCGUCGAAAAUUUCCAUGGAAAGAGAAUGUACCGGACCGGAGACAUCGUAAAACUUGGCCUGGACGAUCACGUCUACUUCAUGGGAAGAAAGGAUGACCAAGUCAAGAUUCGAGGCCAGCGUGUUGAACUGGGAGAAGUAGCAGAAGGUGUGCGUACUGCUUCGCCCGUCGACAUCAACGUUGCUGCUCUGGUCGUCAAACAUCCAGAGCUGUCUCGUGUGCAGCUUGUGGCCUUCAUUGCAGCAAACUCCUCGAAGAACAAGUCUGGAUCGCCUCCUGAGAUCACGCGCUCGGAGCUGCAAGAAGCCAACACGACACUCCGCAGUAAGUGUCAGAAGACAUUGCCAAGUUCGACGGUUCCCGACCUCAUCAUCCCGAUGACAUACAUCCCACUGGCUUUGACGUCUGGUAAAGCAGACAACAAACUUUUGGUCAAGAUCUUUUCCGAAGUGCCAAUCAACCAUCUCAUGCCGCGCGAUGGGUCCUCCAACAACGCUGCCAUCAACAGGCCAAUGAAUGAUGCGGAGAAGCAGGUGUGGCAGAUCGUGUCCUCGGUACUGAAGGAGCAGCCUCAGAAUGUGACUGCUGGAUCCACGGUGUUUGAGCUGGGCAUUGACAGUCUUUCCGGUAUCAGCGUCUUCUCUAAGCUCCGAAAUGCUGGGUACAACUGCAGCGUCGCCAUGGUCAUGAAGAACCCGACGAUCGAGCAGCUAGCUGCGAGUGCCAAGAGUGAACAGACGGACAAUUCUCGAAGCCUGGUCAAGGUUCGUGAGGAGCUUGCGGAGACUGAGAGGCAGUUCUUAGCCACAGUGACCAACGCUGCCGACAUUCAAUCAGUGAGGCCAUGCUUGCCUCUCCAAGAAGUCCUCAUUGCGCAAUCAUUGCAUCAGAGUACGGACGGCGAAGAUGGCGCCUACGUGAACCACAUCAGGUUCAAGUUGGAUGCCGAUGUUGAUGUUGAUCGCCUCCGUGCUGCCUGGAGCAAGCUGGUUCGCGACAACGACAUCUUCAGGACUUGCUUUUCAACUACAGAUGACAAAUUCCUGCAAGUCGUCAUGAAAGCCGACUCGUUUCUGCUGCCGUGGAAUACGCACGUCGACAUUGCCGAUGUACAAGCUCUUCAGCGUGGCGUCGGAAAGGAGAUUGUCAGCAGCUUGACGGAGAAGCCGCCUAUGCGUUUGAAUCUUGUAUCCGUCGAUGGCGGACACAUCCUUGUCCUCUCGGUUCACCAUGCUCUUUACGAUGGCAACUCGUUGGAAAUGAUGAUCAAGGAUGUCCAUACCCUCUAUGACGAGCAGCCUGCAGAGGUGAGACCGAGCGUUGAGUCUCUGGUCGAAUACAUUGCCGCUCAGGAUCAGAACAGUUUCGAGAAGCACUGGACAACGCUGCUUGAUCAUUGGGAGAGUGCACUUCUUCUCGCGGAGAGCUCGACAAAGAAUGUGGUCCUUGGAAACGCUGAGCGGCACUUGUCGGCAAAGCUAUCAGUACUCGAGGCUCAAGCGGCGUCGAUGAACACCACGAUGGCAACACUGCUCCAGCUGGCAUUUGCCAUCGCCAUGUCGCAGUCUCUUCAGACCAAUGAUUUCAUCUUCGGUAAUGUGUUGUCAGGUCGGACCAUUCCGGUCGAGAACGCAGACAAGAUCAUGGGACCUUGCAUUACUACCAUUCCGCAAAGGCUCAGGAUUGAGAAUAGCGACGCUUCAAUCGCCACGCUUCUGACCGGUCUGCAAAGCUCAAACUCCAGCAGCCUGGAGUACCAGCAUGUCUCUCCAAGAGAUAUUCAAAAAUGGACCAAAGCUGACAGGCCAUUGUACGAUACGCUGUUCUCAUUCAUUCGGUCUCAGCUUGAGGACAACAUGGCCUCCACAGUCCUGAAGCAAGAUGGUAGCGACAUUGGCGUUGACUAUCCACUGGCUGUGGAAUUCGAAGCAGAUGCCAACGCCGAUCAGCUAAUUGUUCGAGCCGGCUUUACUGAGACGUUUGGAUCACAGGCAGACGCUGAGCUGUUGCUCGAGAAGAUUGAGAUGUUGAUUGAUACUGUGAUCAACCACAGUAAGACGGCUGCUAGCUCCUUUGGCAUUCCGAUCAACGGCGACAAUAAGAAGACUGUCGGCCAACAGGAAAAGUACGACGAAACGAACUGGUCGGCACUCGAGCAGCAAGUCAGAUCCAUCAUCAGCAAGCACACUGAAAUUCCAGAGAAAGACGUCGACAAGGACUCCGCUUUCAUCCAUCUGGGUAUCGACUCCAUAUCUGCCAUUUGGUUCGCCAAGAAACUCAGGGAUAGUGGAAUCAAGGUUUCUUCUGCGGACAUCAUACGACACAACCGAAUUGGAUCCUUGUGCAAGCAUCUGAGCAGCUCUUCACCGGCAAGUUCGGAGGAGACCAAGAUCCAAGAGACAGCGGUAGAUACUCAAAAGGGGUUCUCGGACGCCCUGAGCUCACACGGUGUUACUGGUCUUGGCCAAGAUGUCGAACUUUACGAGUGCACGCCCCUUCAAUCUGGGAUGCUGGCUCAGAGUCUCGCAACCGAAGGAGCCCUGUACAUGCAUCACCAUGCCACUCGUUGCACUGCAGACAUUGACAUUGCUCGACUGAAGUCUGCUUGGGAGUCGCUUGUGGAAGAAUUGGACGUACUGCGGACGACUUUCCACUGGCUCCCCAAGGCCAAGACGCCGUGGAUUGCGGCGGUACGGAAAGACAAGAAGCCAUCCUGGUGUGAAGUUGAGGUUGAAGAUGCUCGACAGUACUGGGUGCAGCUCACUGAGACGUCGGACUUUAUCGAUCGCUUGCAGCAGUCUUUUCCCCUGGCCGGUGUCCACAUCGUGAAGGAUCAAGAAGGAACAGUCCUGAUCCUCACCCUUCAUCACGCCAUCUACGACGGAAUCUCUCUCGGUAUGCUCUACCGGAGCUUGGCACAACGCUACUUCAGUGAGCAAUGUCCGCCAACAACGCCCUUCUACGAAGCAGCCAGAGCCAUCACCCAGAAUCCCAAGCCAGCCGUCAAAUUCUGGGCGGACCAAGUCUCUGGGUACGAAGGCGCACCGCCCAUGCCAACGUCGUCAGAGUCUACGUACACUCUCGCCGAGCGCCGUAUCGUCGGAGAUAUAUCCAGCCUCGAUGCUAAGCUCCGUCAAGCUGAUGUUGAUAUCAAGGACGUUUGCGUAGCGGCAUUCGGCAAGGCUCUGGCGUGCAUUUAUGGACGCAGGGAUGUCGUCUUUGGCCAUGUCAUGGCAGCUCGUCACAGUCAAAUUGGUGAUGGGAACGAUGUGAUUGGACCCAUGUUCAAUACUGUCCCAUUCCGCGUGGCAAUGAAGGACCAGUUGAUGACGAACCGGAAUCUCGUCCAGCGGGUGCAUGAGGUCAAUACAGGCUCAAUCGAGUACCAGCAUGCAUCGCUCGCUGAAGUCCAGAAGCAUUGGCGGACGUCUACCUCGGAUCCUGGAGCACAGCUCAUCGACAGCAUCUUUGUGUAUUCCAAGAUUGAAAAGCCAGACUCCAGGGGAGCGCAGGUAUAUGGUGCGCCCCUCGAAUCAGACAAGUCUCCAGUCCCAUCGGAGUAUCGGUUGAAUUUCGAAGUCGAGCAUACUGAAGAUGGACUUGUCGCUCGUGCAUUGUCGUCUGCGGCGCCCGAUCAGAUUGAAGUACUCCUGGACCACUUUAAACAAUCGAUCCACGAUCUGCUCGACCAGCCUGGGCGGUUUACCACGGCUCUCCCAGAUCAACUCCGUAACCUGCCCGUUGAGACUGCAAAGCAAACCUCAACGGAAGAAGUGUUUGACGAUCAAGCAGUGGAGAGAUACGGCGAUGUCAUUCGCAAAGCCAUGGCUGAUGUUGCUCAGAUUCCAGCAGACAAGAUCGCCCUCAACACUUCAAUCUAUUCCUUCGGCAUUGAUUCGAUCGCAGCGAUUCAGAUCGUCUCUCGCUGCAAGAAAGCCGGGGUUCGUCUCAGCGUCGCGGAUAUCCUGAAAGGGGCCAUGCUGGGCAGGAUCUGUGAGAUUGUUUCGACGAAGAAUAACCAGCAGACGAAAGCCAAGCAAAACGUCGAACAGUCGGCCGAGCUUGUGAAUUUCAAGGACCAAACUACGGCACUCGCCACCCUCAGGCCCGAUAAAGAUGCUGUUGAAGACAUACUGCCAUGUCUCGCUGGUCAAGAGUACCAUCUCCUUAGUUGGCUUCAGUCUGGGAGGACUCUCUACGAACCAGGCUGGUGCUACCGUUCCACAACUCGUCUUGAUGUUGAGAAGCUUAGAGCUGCGUGGAUCAAGUUGAGGGAGCGCAACUCUGUUCUGAGGACGACAUUUGUGGCUGUCUCGUCCCACCGUGCUGUGCAGGUGGUCAUGAGAGCCUCAGCCAUUAAUCAAGACGGAUUUGCUGUCAUCAAUGAUGAAAGACCUGUCUUGGAUGCUGUCAAAGAUCGAGCUCACGAUGAAGCUCGCAAGCCAUCUGACUUCUUCGAUAUCCCAGUCAGACUCCGAUUGAUCAAGGCCACAGAUGGCGAUGCGGUCAUGGUGUAUGUGCAUCAUUCGCUGUACGAUGCCUGGAGCAUGCCGCGGUUGGUAACAGAGUUAGCGGCGAUUUACCGAGAUGAGGAGAUUGAGCGAGGGCCCGCGUUUGCUCAGCUGAUCAGAAAUACCGCUGAAACUGUCAACGAGGACGAAGAGCAGAAGUUUUGGAGCGAGAGUCUUGCCGGGUGCGAAAAGGCAGUAAUUCCUUCGUCGAGGCAGCCAGAGAAUGAAGUCGACAGAAGCCAAGGCUUCGCCCUGACUGAAGGGGUUAAAGUCAGCGUGGCUGAACUGGAGUCAGCUUCGUCAAAGCACAACAUCUCGCCCCAUCAUGUUGUGCUUCUGGCUUUCACCCGGGCUCUUGCUCAUGUUACGGAGACCUCCAGCCCACUGUUUGGCUUCUUCCAGCUCGGACGUUCAGCAGCAUUCGACAAUAUCGACAAAGUUACCGGGCCAUGCGUCAACACUCUGCCGUUGGGGUUGGCUUCCGUUUUGACCAGGCCAGUACUGGAAGUCCUCAAAGAGUUGCAACGAAUACUCGGUGCGAGGGUUCCGUUUGAGCAGAGCAGCUUACGCUCAGCUGUCGAGGCUUUUGAUCCAAACGCGACGCAGGUCCCAUUCAAUGCGUACAUCAACCUGCUCUGGCACAAGACAUCUCUCGUGGGAGAGGUGUCUGACAAGGAUCUCUUUCAGCCGUUGGCGUUGGGAGUACCAACUGACUAUUCGUCUCCACGUGCAAUGCCGGGACGUACCGCAGUUGAUGCACUGGAUUUCAGCUUUCUCCAGCCUCACCAGCUGUUCGUUGACGUUGGACCGGGGGAGAAGGGGAUUGUAUUCGGUGCUCGAGCCGAUGCCGCGCUUAUGGGUGCGGAUGGUAUUCGAGAGUUUGUGGGCAGGAUAGAAGAGGAAGUUGUGGAAUGCAUGAAGGCGUUGGUGUGA